AUGGACAGAAUCCACAAAGAGGCUGCGAUGCUGCCUCAAACACACUCUCCUCUGUUCAGACUGCCUGGCGAGCUGAGGAAUGAGAUCUAUGACCUUGCUCUUACACCUUCUACAUCCAUUGUUGACCCGAGUUGGAACACAAAUAACGAACCUCAACACCGUCAAAUUCCUAGCCUGGGCAUUGCCUUAUUAAGAUCCUGCCGUGCCAUCUAUCUCGAGGCAAAUGAUUCGGUGCCAUUGAAGAAGGGGGACUUUGUUUUCACACAAGUCGCCCAUAUUCAAGCAUUCUUUUCCCGGUUGUCAUUAGCACAAGCCAGCCAUGUCCAUCAUGUCACAAUCGAUUUCAGAGACGCGGCAUCGAAUGACACGGGAUUGCGAAGCGAGCAGGAUUCAAUCAUUGCCAGGGAAUGGAUCCAUUACUUCGGCUGUACUCGUGGGGCGCAUAUGCUGGGUGCCUGGUGUGCAGAUCUCGGCACUCUCAGAUCUCAUUUACCAUACCUAGACUCAUUAUGCUUUGACCUGGCCAACUGGCAGCCCAACGACGCAGGUUCUCGGGUGGGUGGUUGGAAGUACCUGCAGUCCUUGCUUCGGAAGAUCCGAGAUCUGGAAUCCUUCACACUCAAAGGAAAGUGUCUGGAUAGCAGCUCCUGGGCCUCCCAGCCAGUACCAUGGAGCAAGGGACUGUGGUUCUCCCCUGCCUUCGACAGAGACGAGUCGGCAUUGAUCGAUCUGAUGAGCCAGACGAUACGCGUGGCGGGAGAGAAGGAGGUUAUCCUCAUCGAAUGGCACACCGUGGACGGUAUCACAUCGCUGACAGUCCGCGUUGGAAAAGCACACGACGUUGGUUCAUUGACGAAUGUUGAAGUUCCCCUUCUACGAGGUGGGAGGAUAUCAUGGGAUUCCUUCCUUGAGUUCAAGGAUAGACAAGUCGAGCUGACCAAAAGACGCAAAGCGUCGUUGUCUGGCAGUAGCAUUAUCCCGACUGGUUUGUCUGCAAUUCAUGUAUAG